CGUCAUCAUCCCCACCCUAACAUCUGUCAAUAUCGAGGCUACAUCGCAGACGAGACCGGUCGCGUCACUGGUUUGUGCCUCCAAAAACACCAGUAUAUGUUGGCAAUAGCUGUCUGGAAGAAGAUCGAUAUUGACUGGGACGUUGUCAUGAAGGACUACAAAAGUGCGAUUGAUCAUCUCCAUAGCUUGGGCUGGAUUCAUAAUGAUAUCAGUUCGGGCAAUCUCAUGAUUGACUACAAUCUCCGUGGUGGUAUCAUAGACUUUGGCGGGAGCACGAGGGAGGGAGCGUCUAUUGACAUCGAAACCCCAUUCUGGAGCCGAGGGAGUCGUGUUGCUGAGAAGGAGAAUGAUUACUAUGGUUUGCGUCGGGCCGAA